AUAUUUACGCCUCUGCUUCUAUGGGAGGGUAUAUUCUCUGUUUGAUUCGCUUCUUUACACAUUGAAAUUUUCAUAGAAGAUUCCAUUUUGCUCAUUUAUCCUCUCUUCUGUCUCUAAUAAGUACCUACCUCUCUUUGAUCGCUUCUCUGUCUCUCUCUCCUGUUAAAUCACCGGAGUUCGGUUUCAGGACUUUUCUGCGCUCUUAUGAAGAAAUUGUGAAGAUUUGAGUAACACAACCGUUUUCUUCAGAAACCUGAGUGAUUUGUUUGAAUCACGUUCAAGAUGAAAAAUCAGCUCUAGCAUAAGUUAGAUGGCAUGGAACUCCGUAGAGGGCAAUACAAAUCCUUUUGAUUGUCCUUUUAGUUAAGUUGUGAAACCGAGUGUGAUUGUUUGGAAGCUUUUGAUCUAGAGAAAACAUUUGUGGCGAACAAGGUUUAGUGAGAAUUCUUACCGUCUAGAGAUAUGGAAUUGUCAGUCUCUCCUCAAACCCAGAAGAUGAACUUGCAAACUCCUCGUAAAAGCUCUCUUUCAGGAUCUAAGAAAGAUUUGUGGUUUGCUAUACGGGAAGGGUCAUUGGUUGAUGUGGAAUCAGCGUUGAACAUACUGAAGAAGAGCGGUGGCAAUAUAAAUUUAAGGAAUGCCUAUGGCCUGACUCCUCUGCAUAUUGCAAUCUGGAGAAACCACAUUCCUAUUGUUAGGAGACUGCUUGCUGCUGGCGCUGAUCCUGAUGCUAGGGAUGGAGAAUCUGGUUGGAGUAGUCUUCACAGAGCUUUGCAUUUUGGCCAUCUCGCUGUGGCUAGUGUACUAAUUGACUCAGGUGCUUCUUUUACUCUAGAAGACAUAAAAUCGCGAACACCGGUUGAUUUGGUCUCAGGUCCGGUGGCUCAGGUCAUUGGUGAGCAGCAUAAUUCAGUGGCUACAGAGGUUUUUAGCUGGGGUAAUGGUGCAAACUACCAACUUGGAACUGGCAAUCAAGAUGUUCAGAAGCUACCCGGCAGAGUUGAUUCACUGCAUGGUUGUUUCAUUAAGUUGGUCUCUGCUGCAAAAUUCCAUAGCGUUGCCGUUAGUUCUCAUGGAGAAGUUUACACGUGGGGAUUUGGAAGAGGAGGCCGCCUUGGACAUCCUGAAUUCGACAUUCACAGUGGUCAAGCUGCAGUUAUCACUCCCCGGCAGGUGAUAUAUGGUUUAGGAUCUCGCCGAGUAAAGGCAGUUGCAGCAGCUAAGCACCAUACUGUUAUUGCUACAGAAAGCGGGGACGUAUUCACUUGGGGUUCCAAUAGAGAGGGCCAGCUAGGUUAUACCUCUGUGGAUACUCAGGCAACACCCCGCAAAGUGACUUCGCUGAAGGCGAAGAUUGUAGCUGUUUCUGCAGCAAACAAACAUACAGCCGUAGUUUCUGAGUGCGGUGAAGUUUUCACUUGGGGAUGCAACAAGGAAGGUCAGCUUGGUUAUGGAACCUCCAACUCAGCAUCAAACUAUUUUCCCAGAUUGGUUGAUUACUUGAAAGGAAAAGUUUUCACGGCUAUUGCAUCUGCAAAAUAUCAUACUCUUGUGUUGCGAGAAGAUGGAGAGGUGUACUCCUGGGGUCAUCGGCUGGUGACUCCAAGACGUGUUGUUAUUUCCCGGAAUCUAAAGAAAGCUGGGAAUACACUAUUGAAUUUUCAUCGAAGGAGGCCUCUUCGAGUAACCGCAAUUGCUGCAGGAAUGGUACACAGCAUGGCUCUAGCAGAAGAUGGUCCAUUGUUUUAUUGGGUUUCUUCUGACUCCAAUCUUAGAUGCCAACAGUUGCUUUCACUGCACGGGAAAACAGUUGUGAGCAUUUCAGCAGGUAAGUAUUGGGGAUCCGCUGUCACUAGCACAGGUGAAGUUUACUUGUGGGAUGGGAAGAAAGGUAAAGAUCUGUCGCCAUCUCUUUCUCGCAUCCACAACUUGAAAAGGGCAACCACAGUUGCUGUUGGUGAAACACAUCUUCUGGUUGUGGGUUCUCUGUAUCAUCCUGCCUAUGCUCCUACUGUGCUCAAGAAGUCUCUGACUGUGCAAGCGGGUGAAAGUAGGGAAGAAGAGCACGAAGAACUGGACGAGGGUUUUAUGUUUGAUGAUGUGGAAUCUUUUAAUGUGUUACCAUCCGCGCAACACGAUUGUUCGAAGGAGAGGAUAGUGCCUAGCCUGAAAAGUUUAUGCGAGAAAGUGGCAGCGGAGUGUAUAGUAGAGCCGCGAAAUGCUAUUCAACUGCUUGAAAUUGCAGAUUCACUUGGAGCAGAGGACCUUAAGAAGUACUGUGAGGACAUAGUGAUCCGGAACCUUGACUUUAUAUUGACAGCUUGUCCCCAAGCAAUUGCAAAUACAUCACCUGAUGUUCUUGCUAGUCUUGAGAAAUUACUGGAUAACAGAUCAUCUGAACCAUGGAGCUCCCGACCACUUCCAACACCAACAGCCACAUUUCCUGUUGUUAUCGAUAGUGAAGAGGAGGAAAGUGAGAGCGACAUUCUAAGAUCUCGUGACAACCAUGUGAAACACUUUUCCUGUAUUGCUGAGGGAGGCUCUCGGAUGGAUUCCUUCUUACAACCAGAAGAUGAGCUGGCUCAACGUAAUUCCAAAGAAGUCCGUGCUUUGAGGAAAAAGUUGCAACAAAUUGAGAUCCUUGAAGCAAAGCAAUCUAGAGGACAACUUCUUGAUGGUCAACAAAUAGCAAAACUUCAAAAGAAACUAGACAUCGAAAGUUCACUGGUAGAACUUGGUAUUCCUGUUGAAGAGCCGCCUGAGGCAAAAUCAGCAUCAGCUUUGGCACUGGAUGGAAAGCCCAACAAGAAGGCUGACGGUUUGAGAAAAAAGAAGAAAAAGGGAAAACAGAGAAUUCCACAAGUUGAAACAUUCCUUGAUUUUGGUGAAGUCAAAGUGGAAAUAGAUACAAUGCAGAAUAAAGGCACCGAGCAAAUCUCUGAAUCCAUCAAGCCAACGGAUGGCAAUGCCAUAUCGGAUGUGACGAUGAUAAGUGGGUUCACCAAAGAAUCAGACUUUGUCUCACUCUCGCAGAAGAAAGAAAAUCCACCUGAUUCACCGAGAAGCAAGAAACUUGCAACGACAGCAAACAAGAAGAAGAACAGAAAGGGAGGGCUUUCCAUGUUCCUCACUGGUGCUCUUGAUGAUAUCCCUAAACCUGUUGUUGCUCCCCCACCAAAGCCCAAGAACGAAGGUCCUGCAUGGGGUGGGGCUAAGAUUUCAAAGGGGUUUUCUUCUCUUCGGGAUAUUCAAGACGAACAAAGCAAGACUCAUCCUCAUGAACCUGUUAGGACUAGUAAACAUCAGUUGGGGGAUGAGGCUUCUGGUAAAACGGAAGGAAAGAUAUUACUGAGCUCGUUCUUGACUUCGAAGCCGAUUCCUGUGGAAUCAGCCAGAAGUUUGCAGCAAUCUGAUAUGGAAAGAGGAACUCCUCCUUGGGCUUCUUCUGAAACUCCUCCUCACAUUUCUCGACCUUCUCUCAGAGAUAUCCAGAUGCAGCAGGUGAAGAAGCAACAGUCUCUGUCUCAUAGUCCAAAGACAAAAACAUCAGGCUUCACUGUUACAACCGGGCAAGGAUCUCCAUCAGAUUCGCCUGCAACUAACCGCUGGUACAAACCAGAGACCGAUGCUCCAUCAUCAAUCCGCUCUAUCCAGGUCGAAGAAAAAGCCAUGAAGGAUUUGCGCCGCUUCUACAGCAGUGUGAAGGUAGUCAGGAACCAGCCAUGAUGAGUGAUGACAAAAUGACAGAAUGAGACAUUACCCUUGAACAGGUCUCAUUUCUCAAGUGUUGUAGCCGUAGUUUUACUUGUACAGAUGCUGUCUCCACUGUACAUUGGGUUUCCCCUGAAAACGUUAGCCAUUUGUUUUUUUUCAAUUUGUUAGCUGUAGAAGUGAUGCUUAUGUUCAUGUACAUCACUGGUGUACCUGAAGCUCUUUACUAGUCUUGACAAGCCAUUUUAGAUGUACUUCUUUAGAAAUAAUAAUAAAAAGCUUAGAUAAUCAUUUUAAUGA